UGUUAGUAGAAUGUGCGCGCUGCCUCUUUGCAAAAUAGUAGUGUUUGUAAAGCGCCACCUAACGGCAUACAGCAGAACUACUGCCUCUAUCUAAUUCUAGUUUUGCGCUAGACUCUGCUCAUGCAGGAAGCGACCAAAACAAAAAAUCUGUUAUCAUACGAAAUAUAUUUAAUAUAUUUUUUAUUCUAAUAGCAUCUUGCGGACCCCUCUGGCAUAGCUCGCGGACCCCUGGGGGUCCCCGGACCACCUGUUGGGAACCACUGCACUAGAGCAAAAACUGUGAUGGUGACAGAAGCACUUACAUGGCCGCCGCGCCCCGAUUGCCUCCCUCUGAGGACCCCGUUGCUCCUUCCUAGAGCAGCGGAGGAGCUGGACGUGGAGGGCCUCACCUCUGGAUUAAAUUUUCUGUUUUUUUCAAUUUCAAAUACACAUUUUACACCCUUAAGAUAUCAAUGACAUCGCUUCUUCUCUUUCCAUGGUUUAUUUUACAUAUCUCAAAUCCUUGCAUAUUUUACAAAAACUAUACCAAUCAGUUUUCCAUUAUUGCAUCCAUCAAAACUUACGGUAUUUGCACUGUUGAAUUUAUCUUAAUGCUGCCAGUGUUUUCAGGUGUAUACAAUUAUUUUCCAUAUAUUCAAUAAAUGACACUUGGGGAUUUCAGUCUGAAUUAUCCCCAAAGUACUUUUUUUUUUUGGGAAAGUACUUUUAAAUAUAUUUUUUUCAAUCCAUUUUAGAUCAUUUCCCAAUACCCUUUUACAUGUCCACCCCACUGCCUGAGGUCUUUGUCUCAGUCUGCCUAAUAGAAGGGCCGGCCAACUUCUGUAAUCCUGCAAGACCACAAGACCCUGCACUGGGUCCCUGACCUGGGUUUACAUUUUAAGGCCGCUAGAAAGUGAGUUGGAUAAUUAAUGACUGUUGGUCUGUGGCUGCUAAACAGAAACUGUUCUGAUGAGGUUUUUCAAGAUUGCCCAGACUUCCCAAUCCUCGUGUGUUGGCCAUGUCGCAACAAUCCAGUUCCUCAGAAAUGACAUGUUCCAACUUGGUACGGUGAACUCAGUCGUAUUUGGAUAUGAUAAACGUUCUCGAUUCAUGGAAGUGGCAUUGAUGACGGGGAGGAAGGGGUGUUGGCCAGAUACCCAGGCCCCUGUGUGGAUAAGCACAUAACAGCAUAUGAACCACAAGGCAAUGAGACUAACCUGCAGGGAGAUCCAUUUGUGCCUCUGCAAAAAUCAACCACAACUGGUAAGUGUUGGGGUAGAGCUGAUCAGCGCUUAAGUCAUUUUCAGUAGCAUUGGAUCGUAUCCUGUUAGGUUUUACUCAGAGCAGACCACUGAAAUUAAUUUGCAUGAUUAUAUUAAGCCCGUUAAUUUCAAUGGUCUGUUCUGGAUAAAACUUAGAAGAAAUCACCUUCUUUGUUUAAUUUAAACCCUGCAAGUGGGGAUUUGCAAACUGGCCAAUUACAGUUUUCCCGUUUUCCCAUUUUUAAAUUCAGUUCUCCACAUUUCCACAAUGGCCUGCAAUUAGAAAACCCAGCAGCAUUUUAGUAUGUUAGCUUCACUAAUAAGCGCAUUAGUGAAUGUACACUUUAGCAUAUAUGCAUUUUUGUAGAAUCGCACUUCAAAAUCAAAAUGUGGAAGGAUGAUUGGUUUCCUCAGAGGGUGAUUAGUUUUGCCUUCAAAUGCAAACUGAAUCCAAUUUCUCCCGCUUCCCAAAGCCUUAAGUGAACAGGUACCAGCUGAGUCUGAAAUGGACGGCUGUUGCUAGAUCAAUGUCUUUUAUAGAUAGCAACUGCUGGGAACUUUCUCCAUGCCAAGUUCUGUAAGGACGGUGAUGAAAAUUAGCUGGGAAACGGGAUUUCCCAGUUGGGGGUGCUGUUAGAGGCUGACCCCCUGGGUCAUUUCCAUGGACUCUCCCUGUUGUAAAACGUAAAAAAAAACAAAAGUUUUAUUUUGCUUACAGAGUGUCUGGGGGCACUGCAGAUAGGCAAGACCUCAGCAAUCCGGUAUCUUAAUUUGUCCAGACGCAUCUAUGCAUCUAAAAGGCCCUUUACACUGGUGGUUCCCCUGUUGUGGAAUGACCUCCCUAGUGCAGUGUACCUGUUUCCAUUAUUACCAACUUCCAGGAGGAAUCUGAAAACAGUCCUUUUUACCCAGGCAUAUUGCUGGCAACCUCGAGAUCAUUGAUUGGAAGCAUGUUUUUAAUUGUAACUGCUUUGAGAUGUUUUUAACUGCAAUUGUUUUUAGAAUGUCAUCAACUGUUCUAAAAAAAUUUUUUUGCAUUGUUUUUAAAUUGUAUAUCUGCUUGCCACCAUGGGCUCCUUGGAUUGGAAGAGCAGGAUAUAAUUGCAAUCAUUCAAUAAAUCGGCGCUUGAAUGCAAAUUGGUAUCAUUCGCUUACGGACAGAGUCAUCUGUGCAUCUUUGCAGUGCUCUUCCUUCCCAUAAUAAAAGACCUAACAUGCCGGUUUCCCCCUGUUCUUCUCAGCUCUUCCCUUCAUCAUCUCCUGUUCUGAAGGUUUCAAACACCCCCUUGCCCAAGCUUCAUUCUAUGUUUCCGAAGUCAGCUUCCUGACAAGCCCUCACCUCUGAAGCAAGCCAGGUUUGCUCCUCCUCAUCUGAACAUCAAAGCUGCCAUGAAGUUUCAGUUGUCCCUUGUGAUCUUCAUAUUCUGCCUUGGCGCAGCCGACAGCUUGACAUGCCAGAAGUGCUUGAGCAAGAAUGGGAAGUGUGCACAGAACGAAGUGGAGGUUUGUGGCCAGUCUCAAGACGCUUGCUUCAUUGAGACCAAGGACUACGCUGGUUUGGAUGCAGGAACGGUGAAACUGGGCUGCGGCGACUCGAAUUUGUGCCGCCGCUAUCAGAAAGGGAACAGGGGAUCUUUAAGCUGGUCGAUGUAUUGUUGCUCCUUCGAUCUAUGCCAGCCUCUGACACGUGAUGUUCACGGAAAUGGAUCAAAGAAUGGAGUGCAGUGUCAAACCUGCAUCGGGAGCGCAGCUGAAUGUGGCCGCAAUGCGCCCACAGGGCCAUGCUAUGGGAGUGAAGACCACUGUGUGCAGAUCUCCCAGCGCUUCCUGCCAGGUGAAGAAACAGAACCCAUCAUAAAGGGGUGUGGAGGCAGUUCUUUUAAGGACACAUUGGUGGCGUACCAGAUCGGGAGAGAUUUUGCCUUUGUUGAGCAAAAGGUCUGCAGCAGUUCCAACUGCAACAACAGGAGCUUCCCAGUCAUCACUUCCGGACAGCCCAAUGGGCUGCAAUGCUACACCUGCCAGGAGUCUGGGCAUGGGGAGUGCACUCAGGACAGACUGCAAGUUUUAAAUUGCACAGGAGUCAUGGAUCAGUGUGUACAUGUCUUCGACAGAGAGAACAGAACUGUGACCUUUCAGAAAGGCUGUGCCACCGAGACCAUGUGCAGCAGCUACAAGGAUAUCUAUUCCAAACUGAUGGGGCUGGAUUCCUUUGUCGAGUGUUGCAAAACGUCCCUCUGCAACCAAGCCAGAGAGCAUUCUGGUCCAGAAAUGCUACUAAUGGUGUCUGCUUCUGCCUGGUGGCUGGCAUGGAUGGCUUGACAAUAAUGGCAGCUGUCUAGGUGAGCCUUCAAAAAAGGAUCGGGCCAGUCUUUGAAGGUUGGUUGUAUACAUGGGAAGAGGUCUCGCUGGCUACUGGGGCUCCUUUAUCUGCUUGGAAGUAGGUGGCACUGAAGCACUGCUCCCCUACUGUCUAUAUGCCAUGCCAAGACUGGAUUACUGCAAUGUGCAGCAUGUGGGGCUUUCCUUGUGCUUGAUCUGGAAGCUGCAGUGAGUGCAGAAUGCUGCGGCAAAAGACUUAAGACCCCGGUCAGCAGAGGACACCUUUGUUCAGAGGCCUGCAGUGGUUGCCAAUUUGCUGCUGGGCCAAGUUCAAAGAGUUACUAUUGGUAUAUAAAGCCCUUAACAAAUUGGAACAAAUUGGAACCAGUUUACCUGUGAAAUCGUCUUACCCCACAUCUUGUAUGCCUGCUUGACUGCUUCGAUUACAGAUGCCACAAAAUAUUUGUAAGAAAUCGACCUUUUUCUGUGGCAGCAUCCCUGCCUAUUGACAUCAGCUAGCAGCCUUCAUUGUUCUAUUUUCAGUGCCUGCUAAGACCCUUUUUGCUUAAGCAAGCCUACCCAGAUAUGUAGAUAUGUGUUUUAAUCUUUUUUUUAGCUCAUUGUUGAUUUUAUUAUUUUUUGAAUAUUUUAAAUAGCUGUUUUUACUGAUAAUUUUUUUUUAACAAUCAAGUGGUAUGGAAAUUUUAUGAACUAAAUAAACAAUAAAUAAAACAUACAAUGUCAAAAUAGGGUGCUUUGGGAGGGGCGGCUCCCACACCUACAGUUCACAUGCAAUGCCGUUUCUUGGCUAGAGUGGGCAUUUGAUUUCUAAGCGUCUCAUCUUCUCACUGCCUGCAUGAGGGACAUCCAUGCAGGCUCACAGAUACAAGUCUCAAAUGUGGCUGUGUUAAGGGUUGUUGUUGUUUAGUCGUUUAGCCAUGUCCGACUCUUCGUGACCCCAUGAACCAGAGCAUACCAGGCACUCCUGUCUUGCACUGCCUCCCGCAGUUUGGUCAGACUCAUGUUGGUAGCUUCGAGAACACUGUCCAACCAUCUCGUCCUCUGUCGUCCCCUUCUCCUAGUGCCCUCAAUCUUUCCCAACAUCAGGGUCUUUUCCAGGGAGUCUUCUCUUCUCAUGA